UCUGGCCGUGAUCCAGAUACUCUUAAUACCCCAAAACGGGUAAUUUAAGUUAAAAAACAAACAAAAUAUAUGGAUACAACAGGAAUACAAAAACUAAUUCCACUUCAGGAAGUGAUGGACGUGAAGCACACGGACGAUCAGUGUGAGGAGGCGUUUCCCUGAGCCAGCAGCUCCUCCCCCAGGAGGAAGCUCUGCACCUCCAGGUCUGGGUCAGCCACAGGGGUCAGCUCGGGGUCACGCUUUGCUUUUGGCUCUCUGUGGUCAGACCUCACAGGAGGCCCUCGUCCCGAGAGGAGCUCUGGUCUGGGAGCCAGUGGAACUCCAGCUGCAUGCUGGGAGCAACCCUCCUUCAAGCCCCAUCAUCCAAUAGGGAGCCAGAUAAAAGCAACCAGCUGAUCACUCACGUCCUCUUUGAAACCAAAGUGUGUCGAAUUCUCCUCAUCUGCUCUGAUAGUAUGUUUACAUGCCGCGCUGUGAAGUUGUGCUGCCUUCGGGAUGAAAGCUGCUGCUCCUACACAUCUUAUCAUGAUGCGUUCAUGAGCAUACAGUGUUGGUGUUGACGUGAUGAGGACUGUGUGGGUUUUUAGUAGAAGAUAUUUACUUUCAUUAAGUCCACACUCCGGAUUAGUGCGUGGCGGUAAUGCGCCGACAGAUGUUUGCCAACCCCCAUAAAGAGCAGGAGAAGAAUAUGAAUGGACGCGACGAUACCACUCCGGACCAGAGGGGGCGGCAACGCAGCGGCGUGUUGCCAACGCCGUCAACACCGAACCGCAAACAGGCGAAGAAGAAAAUCCAACAUGGCGGCGCCCUGCAGCCGUGUUUACUGAGCGAGGUCAGGAGAACAGCUCGAGUCCUGAACGCGUCCUGAACGCGUCCUGAAGCCGGGAACAGAGCCAACACGAGCAGCCGCCAUGUUUCCAGAAGCGGCUCAGUGUCUGAGGACGGCGGCCCCGCUCCUCCCCCUCUGCGGGCUGCUGACGCGGCUGACGCGGCGGGGCUCACACGGAGGAGUCGGCCGCGUCCAGGCCCGCAGGCACUUCGGUGUGAGCCGGCCUGCGACGGCCAAGGUGCUCCCGCCGCGCAAACCCCGGGAGCGGGUGGAGAUCCCCGGGCUGGAGAUGGUCACCUACGGGGACAGGAUGCACUUCGUGCCGGGGCUGUCGAAGCCCGUCAACCCGCUGUGGGUGAGGGACUACAAGGACCCGAGGUAUUACAAGGCGCCUCCGGCCCACCAGAUGGCGCUGUUCAGAGAGAAGCCGUGCUUCGUUUACCACCAGAGGACCAGCGCACUGGAAGGCGUGCGUCAGGCUCUGUGGUUGACCAAAACCAAACUGACUCCCGGUCUGCCGCCUCAGCUCCUCCCACUGACGGAGAGGCCAGCCGAUCGGAUCCCAGAUCAGGAUGAACGCGUGCAGAACGCCAUCAAACACGCCCGCUUCUGGGACACGACGAAGGAGCGGCCAGGCAAAGAGAAGUACAGCAACACGCUGCUCCUCAACCUGCUCCACCUGUGUGCGUCCCUCCAGUCCAGCCUCCCCCGGCUCGGCAGGAGGCUCCUGUGUGAGAAGUACUCUCUGGGGGCCACGUGGACGAGAGGUAAGGCUGCUUUAGACCGCUACACAGGGGCCCUGGUCUACAGCUGGGGCCCUGGUCUACAGCUGGGGCCCUGGUCUACAGCUGGGGCCCUGGCUCAGUGGGCCCUGGUCUACAGCUGGGGCCCUGGUUCACAGCUGGGGCCCUGUCUACAGGCCCUGGCUCAGCUGGGGCCCUG